AUGUCUGACUUGAAGGCAACCGUUCAGGAAACCAAAGCCGGCUUCCACGUCGAAGGUUACGAAAAAAUCGAAUACGACUUCACAUUUGUUGACGGAAUUUUCGAUGUUGCCAACUCAAACCUUGCGGAUUGCUACACGAAAUGGGGCCGGGUUCUAGCCGUCACGGACAAGAACGUAUACGGGAUAUACGGUCCUAAGAUGGAGAAAUACUUCAACCACUACAAUAUCAGGCUCAAGGUUCAUCAAACAUCGAUUGGAGAAAAGGCCAAAACCAUCGAAACAUUCCUCGAAAUAGCCGAUAGUAUGAGUGAGUUCGGGAUCAUUCGAAAGGAGCCCGUUUUAGUAGUGGGAGGCGGUCUUGUCACAGAUGUUGCCGGAUUCGCUUGCGCCGCCUAUCGUCGCAACACCAACUUCAUUCGAGUCCCUACAACGGUCAUUGGCUUGAUUGAUGCCAGUGUCAGUAUCAAGGUAGCUGUCAACUACGGCCGGUACAAGAACAGGCUUGGCGCUUAUCAUGCGCCACUACACACGUUCCUUGACUUCACGUUUCUUCGAACCUUACCUAUAGCACAAGUCCGCAAUGGCUUCGCUGAAUUGAUCAAGAUCUCAUCUUGUUCUCAUCUUCAGGUUUUCGACCUUCUAGACAAGUUCUGUGAGCAACUUAUCGAGUCAAAGUUUGGUCGAGCCGAUGGUUCGAGGACCGAAGUUCGCCGGGCUGCAGACAUCAUCAACCGUGAGGGUAUCUACGAGAUGCUCAAGUUGGAGACACCAAACCUCCAUGAAAUUGGCCUUGAUCGAGUGAUCGCGUAUGGACACACGUGGUCGCCUUUGCAUGAGCUCAUUCCUGAGACACCAUUGCGUCAUGGACAUGCUAUUUCCAUCGACAUGGCCUACUCUGCUACUCUGGCUAAACAACGUGGUCUACUCUCGGACAAGGAACACGACCGACUGUUUAACCUGUUCUCCAGAGCUGGCCUCUCAAUUGACCAUCCUCAGUUUGACGAUGAGGUGAUUGACAAGGGCACAGCCGCCAUCUUGAAAACGCGCGACGGGAUGCUUCGACUCGCAGUGCCUAAUCCCCUAGGAUCGUGCACCUUCUUAAAUGACGUGUCGUUACAGGAGUUGAAAGAUGCCCUGAAGAAACAUAAGCAGAUUGCGAAGACAUACCCCCGUAAUGGUGCUGGUAUUGAGGCAUAUGUCGACAGUAGUGAUACUGGCUAUACUGAUCUUAAGACGGAAAACCUCAGCGUAGAGAAAGCUGCAAAGGAAGCUGGAGUGUUGGGAGAAAAGCAAAGCGUUGCGAAUGGGUUGCACAGGGAGCAUCAACAGAAUGGAUAUGCCAAUGGUAACGGCGCCAUUAAUGAUGGUGUUAAAGAUCAGACGACACGACACCCAAUGGAUCUGCUGAAUGGAAUCCGAGCACAGGCGUGA